AUUUUUUUUCCUUAUCAGAAAUUUGAAAAUGAAAAAUUGAUUUGAAAGUCGAAACUAUUUUGAAACUAAAUAUAACUGGUAAUUUUAUUGUCGGCACUUGGCGUAAUUAUUCAUCACUAAAAUCUUAAUUCCGAAAUUUUGAGUAGUGAUAACUGGUAAUCUGUUGAAUAACGUUGUAAAGUAUUUUGGUUGACUAUCAAUGUGCGUUUAAGAUGAGUAACAUUAAGAAUCUUACCGAGCAUUCGCUGAACCUUUUACGUUCUUUGCCUAGAAUUUCUUUAGCAAAUAUUGGAAAUUUGAAGUAUAAUGCCAAGAAAAAAGUGAGUAGACGCGGUGAUUCCAAAGGCAGCUGUAGUGGACGUGGAAAGACCCGCCGAAUCAGUUACUUCCCGUUGGGAAGCGAAUGCAAGAAAACUCCGUUUUUCUUGAUGUUUCAUGAAGAAAAUUACUAUAAAAAUAGACUGUUGAGAAGAGAAUAUCCACCUUUGACUCUCGCAGCGUUACAAAGGAUGAUAGAUUUGAAUCGUGUAGAUACGACGAAACCGAUAGAUUUAGCCGCUAUUUGUCGUACGGGACUAUACAGAUGCGAUAAUUCGUCGAAUCAUUUUGGAAUCAAUUUAACAGACGAAGGUGCGGACAAAUUCAAUGCAAAGAUCAACAUCGAAGUACAGUGGGCUUCUGAACCAGUUAUCGCAGCUAUCGAAAGAAAUGGAGGCGUAAUAACUACAGCUUACUACGACGUUAGAAGUGUCGGUAUUUUAGCUAAUCCGAAGCGGUUUUUCGAAUCCGGCGAAUCGAUCCCAAAAAGAAUGCUUCCUCCUGAUGAUGCAAUUUUGUUUUAUACCAGUGCCGCGACGCGAGGUUAUCUGGCCAAUCCGGAUGAAAUUUCGUGGGAAAGAUUAGUGUUAUCUCAGAAAUACGGCUACAGAUUAUCAAAAUUGGAAGAAGAUCCGGAUUACAAAAUGUUGACAUUGAAAAAAGAUCCGCGUCAAAUAUUUUUUGGGCUUGAACCAGGCUGGGUUGUCAACUUGAAAGACCAAGUUAUUUUGAAAUGCACAAACUCUGACAUUGGUGAAUUUGUCAAGUCGUAAUGAGAGGAACGAGUAGUUAUACAUACAUAUAAUGGAUGUCACUCUGGAGUACAUUCUUCUUAUUAAAAUAUUGAGCUAGCAUCGA